GCUACAUAUGUUUUACUCCUAUUGUUAAAAGAAUUUUAUGUGCUUUUGCCCAAACAUUAAAACAGUAAAUCGGAUAGGAAAGGGGGGAGGGAAGGGGGCAAAGGUUAAUCCUUCAAUGCAUUCAUUUCACCACUUCAAAUUUCAUAUCAAGUACCUUUCUCUGUCACUUUAAAAAAGAAGGGCAGCCAAUAAAUUGAACUUUGCAUGUAAAACUACAUACAGUAUAUAUAUAAAUAAUGUACUUCAUCAAAAAGGGAACCCCCCCCCCCCCCCGCCGGAUUUUAUAUAAAUUUUAUAUAAAAAUAUAUUUUAUAUAAAAAGUGCAAGUCUAUGAAGUAUUAUAAUUGUACUAAUGUACUUGUUUGUUUUAAAGGAUGGAUGGAAGGCAAUAUAGAUGUUGUUUAUGUAACAAGAAGACCACUCCAGACGAACGACGUCCCGUUGGUUUGUUUCUGUCCACAUUAAGGAAACACUUUUCUUUAGAUGUGGAAGAAACAGACCGUAUUUGCAACAAAUGUCGACAUAAGUGUCGGAAUAUAAAGGAGUCCAAUACAAGACAACCCAUGCUUCUUAGACCAGCCACCGAAGACGAAAAAAAAGACCCCACAUUUCAGUCUCCAAAACAGAAGCGCACAAAGUCUCCAUUUUCAAGUCCUCCGACUAUUCCCUUGUCUAUCCCAUCAUCAUCGCAGAGCCAUGGCUACUGCUUUGUUUGCAAGAAACCAGGACCGAAGCUUGUCACAGUUUCACAUCAUGUUCGGAUGUUUGUGUUUAUCCAGAAAGAAAUCAUCAUUCCAACUGGAGCAAGAUGCUGCAUACGACACCUAGACAGCGAGAAAAUGAAUGAUGAAGCUUUACACCAAAUCAGGACCAAUGACAACACAACACUGAACAAAACAUCCAUCAUUGAUCUCAUUAAGUACCUGCGUGAUAAAGCAUUUGAACAACAAUCCAGGCUUGACUUUGAUGAUGAUUGCAGAAUGAGUGAUGAAGACUAUAGGGUACUGACAGGGUUUUCUCUUCUUGAAUUCCAUGACAUUGUCUCAUCAGUUGCCAGUAUCAACUCAUCUAGAAAUCGGAGCAAGAGGACCUGCAUAGGCAUCCUGUUAAUGAAGCUUCGAUCAGCGCUUUCCAACAAAAUGCUGGCUGUUCUAUUUCAGAUGACCAAAUCUCAAGUACGACGGGCUAUUGUAUCUGCUAGGACAGCUCUUAUAAGAGACUUCGUUCCAUACAACCUGGGAUUUCAACACAUUACACGUGAGGAAGUCAUUGAAAACCACACCCGUCAACUGGCAAGAGAUCUUCUGAGUGAUGACAUCACCUCAAACCCUGCGAUCUUAGUAUUGGAUGGAACGUACGUUUACAUUCAAAAAAGUUCCAAUUUCGCAUUUGCGCGGCGGUCCUACAGUAUGCAUAAGCACCGACCCCUUAUUAAACCAAUGAUGGUUGUUACUACAAGUGGAUACAUCGUAUCGGUCCUUGGACCCUAUCUUGCCGACUCCAAAAAUAAUGAUGCUAACAUCCUGAAACACAUGAUUUGCCAUAAUGCUGAAGAACUUCGGAACUGGUUGCAAGAAGACGAUGUGUUUGUUGUUGAUCGCGGAUUUAGGGAUGCUCAGGAUGUUCUGGAAGAUCUUGGAAUAAGGAUGGAGAUGCCAGCAUUCAUGACACGAGGAGACAAACAGCUGCCCACGCUUGAUUCUAACAAGUCAAGAGUUGUGACAAAGGUCAGGUGGAUUGUUGAAGCAGCUAAUGGGCGCAUUAAGCAGUGGCAGUUUUUGGCAAAAACCUUGCCAAACUCGCAAAUUCCAUUCAUCGGUGAUUAUGUGAGAAUUGUAGCAGCUCUUUGCAAUAAGUAUAGACCACCACUUAGCGUGUCAUCAGAGGAGGACCAAGAAAUUGCAGCGAAAAUGGUUUACCUUUCACAGAGAUUAAAUACAUUGCAGGAACGUGUGGAAAAUGAAGGGCUUGACAGACGAGGGUUUAAUUGGACAAAAGUGGAUUCAGAGAAUGUUACUCCAGAAUUUCCAAAGUACAACGACACUGAAUUGCGUCAGCUAACUCUGGGAGUGUACCAACUUCGCAUGGCUAAGUCCUACACUCAUGAGCACAUGGACGUAGACGGUGGAUUUGAAAUCCUUAUAAGUGACGAAAUUGAAGGAAUGGUGUGCGCCAAGAUCCAAAGUCGCCAUAUAUCAGCUAAACAGUACAAAUGUUGGAUCACUUACACCGAGGGAGAUAUUGAUGGUUGGUAUUGCAAAUGCAAAGCUGGCACAAGAGUUGUAGGAAUGUGCGGCCAUAUCACCAGCGUUAUAUGGUAUUUAUCUUUUGGACGGCAUCAGGAGUCACUGAAGGGGGUAAGGAAUUGGAAAACAUCACUUGAAGACGCAUCGGACAUCCAUGACGUCAUUGACGGUUCAGACAGUGAUGGAAAUGACAAUGAUGUGGAAGAGUGAGAGAAGGCGAGGGUGUGCUAUAUCUAGUCUGGGGGUGAAUGUGCGCGCGCAUGCGUGUGUUUGAGAGAUAGAGAGAGUGCGUGUGAGAAAGUGAAUAUGCGACGGAGGCUGAGAGCGUGUGUGACUGUGUAUGAGAAAGAUAAGAUGUUUGUGAGAGAGACGGAGGGAGGAGGUAUGUGUUGCUGUGUGUGUGAAAGAGGGAGAGAGAGAGAGAGAGAGAGAGAUCUGUGUUUGCGUGUGUACAUACACGUAUAUAAAUGUUCUUCGUGUGUUCUUUGUGGUUCUUGUUUUUCAUUAAAUAUUGCCGUUUUUGGUGAAUAUAUAUAUGACCAGUAAAACACAAUGUACAAAGCAGAUACAUGUAAGAUUGUGAAUGAAUUACUAUAGGAUUAAACAUUCUUUUUGAAGAAUUUAUCGAUGUGUAAACUCCAGACAUCAGUUUACUCACAAGCUAAAUAAAAGUUUGUGAGUGAA